AUGGCAGGAGGAAUUAUUACAUCAGCUUCAGGGGGAACCCAUUUUGAGGCCAAGAUUACAUUUGCUGUCAUAAUUUCUUGCAUAAUGGCCGCCACCGGGGGCCUUAUGUUUGGUUAUGACAUUGGAAUUUCAGGUGGGGUGACAUCAAUGCCUAGAUUUCUGCAAGAUUUUUUUCCAGAGGUAUAUGUAAAGACAAAAGAUACGAGAAGAAAAGAAAGUAAUUAUUGCAAGUACGACAACCAAAAUCUACAAUUGUUCACAUCGUCGUUGUACCUUGCAGCAUUGGUAGCAACCAUAGUUGCAUCUCCGGUGAACAGAACGCUAGGUCGGAAGCAGACAAUGUUGGCUGCUGGAUUUUUCUUCGUUGUUGGAACGGGGUUUAGUUCUCUAGCAAGGAGCCUCUUCAUCCUCAUCAUUGGCAGGGUCUUACUCGGCUGUGGCGUUGGUUUCGCCAACCAAGCCGUCCCAUUGUUUCUUUCAGAGAUCGCUCCCACCAGAAUUCGUGGGGCUCUUAACAUCUUGUUCCAGCUUAACAUCACCAUUGGCAUUCUUCUUGCCAACUUGGUUAACUGGUUCACUUCCAAGAUGCAAGGUGGAAAUGGGUGGAGGGUAUCACUGGGAUUUGGGGGCAUUCCAGCAAUUUUGUUAACAAUAGGGUCAAUUAUAGUAGAAGACACACCUAACAGUCUCGUUGAGAGGGGUUUUGAGGAAUAUGCAAAAGUUGUGCUCAAGAAGAUUCGAGGCGUUGACAAUGUUGACCCUGAGUUUGAAGAGAUUCUCAAUGCCAGCAAAGCCGCCAGAGAAGCCAAGGGCCGCCGUUCCGCUCCCUUCGGCGGCCUUCUCGUGCGCCACAACCGUCCUCCGUUCAUAAUCGCCAUCUUCAUGCAGGUGUUCCAGCAAUUCACCGGAAUUAACGCCAUCAUGUUCUACGCACCGGUGCUUUUCAGCACGUUAGGGUUCCACAGCGACGCGUCUCUCUACUCAGCGGUGAUCACAGGAGCCGUGAACGUGGUUUCCACCUUGGUUUCUGUAUACUUCGUGGACAAAUUAGGGCGGCGCGUGCUGCUAUUGGAGGCCGGAGUUCAGAUGUUUGUGUCGCAAAUGGUGAUCGGAGCGGUUCUCAUGAAGAAGGUCCAGGAUUACUCCGAUGACUUGGGAAAGGGGUAUGCGUUUUUGGUGGUGGUUAUGGUUUGCAUGUUCGUGUCAUCUUUUGCGUGGUCGUGGGGCCCACUCGGGUGGUUAAUUCCCAGUGAGACUUUUCCGUUGGAGACUCGAUCGGCGGGAGCGAGUGUAACCGUUUUCGUGAACAUGCUUUUCACGUUUCUCAUUGCUCAGUCUUUCUUGUCCAUGCUGUGCCGAAUGAAGUUCGCUAUUUUCUGGUUCUUCUCUGCUUGGGUGCUUCUUAUGUCUUUGUUCACCAUUUUUCUCAUUCCGGAGACCAAGAAUGUCCCCAUUGAAGAGAUGCAAGAACGAGUCUGGAAACGCCAUUGGUUUUGGAAGAGGUUUAUGGAUCGGAUUGAGGAUUGA